CCCACCACACCGAUCCAAAACUACAGUCACUCACGAUGAGUGAAGACCAUAGACCAGAUAUUGAUCCUCCUCCAGGAGUCUCCAGAUCCAGCCAGGCAAAUGUUGUUGAAAGCUCGAACCAAUCUCGUGGAGGAUUGUGUCGGUCCCUGCGGAAAUUGAAAAAUGGGUUAACCAAAAAAAUUCCUAAACGCUCUAAGCGAACACGCAACCGCAUCACUACGGUCCAGAACGUUGAAACUGAAGGGACUUCAUCUAGUCAGAAAGUUGAGGACACGCUGCAUCUUCAUACUUCCAAUGACAACAAGCAUCCCACCACAUCUGAGAUUCCCAGUGACUCCGUGAACCAAGGGUUGUCUGGUAAACCUGCUUCACAGGUUCAGGCCGCUCCUUCUGACAAGGACAAAGGACCUGAUCCCCAAUUAGUUGACGCUGAACUUCAGGGUGCCUAUGAUGGUACACAAAACAUGAAAUUGCUCGGAAAACAUGCGACUUCUAUGGCAUCCGCCGCCGACAAUGCCCCAGCGGAUCUUGCUGCUGCGGAUGAUUUUGAGACGACGUAUCUCCAGCCGCUAAAGAUUAUCGACGGUGUCCUUGAGAAGAUUGCGGAUAUACAUCCGUACGCAAAGAUGGCGCUGGGCGUGCUGUCCGCUGCAUCUAAAGUAUGUUUGGUUUCUCCCAGAGUCCAGUCUCCUGCUAGAAGUCACGAUAUCUUAUAGAUUAUAGUCGCUCAAGCAGAGC